AUGAAUCACGUUGAUGAUUAUGAUUACUUCUGUCAUAGUUGUGAAGAUGUAAAAAGAACUAGUGAUGUUGAAAUUAUUUACAAUGGUGAGAUCAAAUGUAAGGGUUGUAACAACGUAGGGUUUGUUGAAAAAAUUGAUGAAGAUGACCCUUUGAGUUUUCAUUCAUUACAUACUAGUAGGGAUGUAGGAGAAAGUCGAAGUGGGCCAAAUAGCAGAAAUGAUAAUAAUAAUAAUGAUGGUAACAAUAAUAGUAAUAAUACAAAUAGUAGACAUUAUAAUUAUAGAAAUAUGAACAAUUUUGGUUAUCGUACCAAUAUACCAAGAAGUCGAAGAAAUAACCAUAACAAUAAUAAUAAUAAUGAUGAUGGUAGUAAUAACAAUCGUCACAAUAGUAGUAAUAGUAAUAAUAAUAAUAAUAAUACUAGAAGUAGUCAUGUACGAGGAGAACAUGAUAAUUUUUUUAACGAUUUUAUGUUAUUUAGAAAUAUGUACCAACAAAUAUUUAAUCCUUCCUUUCGAGCUGCAGAUGCUGAAGUACAUUUUACAGCGGCGGUAGGUUCCUCAAACAAUUCUAAUGAUAUUAAUAGACAUAAUAAUAAUAGAAAUAAUACCACCACACCCACCACCAACAACAAUAAUAAUAAUAAUAAUAAUAAUAAUAAUAACAAUAACAACAACAAUAAUAACAAUAAUAACCAUAUGGGUAAUAGAAAUUCUAGUCGUAAUAAUGAGAAUACGAACGAAACUAAUGAAAAUGAGACUAGCCAAAAUGAUAAUAGAAAUAGAAAUAUAUUUGGAAGGACCUAUAGUUAUAAUAGGAAUACAAGAAAUCCACGAAUAAUAACAAGAGCUAUCGAUAUAACUAAUAUACCAUUUAAUUCUCCAGGACGUUUUAAUUUCCAUGAUUUGAUAGAUAACAUGUUUGCGAAUACAUUUGAUAAUAUAUCCUUAGAUCAAGUGUUAACAAUAAUUAUGGAGAGUGACCCAUCUCGAAACGGUCCUCCGCCAGCUUCUGAAGAAGUAAUUAAGAAUUUGAAAGUAGAAACAUUAACAGAAGAGAGAGCAAAGGAAUUAGAAUCAUGUGCAAUAUGUAGAGAGGAAUAUAAAGAAAAUGAUGAAGUGCAUAGAAUAACAGAUAAUGAGCGAUGUAGACAUGUCUUUCAUUGUUCUUGUAUUAUACCUUGGUUAAAGGAAAGAAACUCAUGUCCUACAUGUAGAUUUGAGUUACCUACGGAUGAUCAGGAGUAUAAUUGUAAGAGGGAGGAGUUGAGGGAAAGAUUGAAUUCUGAGAUGUCUCGAAAUAAUACCUACAAUGGUACUGACAAUGAUAAUAAUAAUAAUAAUAAUGAUAAUAAUAAUGAUAAUAAUAAUAAUGAUAAUAAUAAUGAUAAUAAUAAUAAUGAUAAUAAUAAUGAUAAUAAUAAUGAUAAUAAUAAUAAUAACAGCAAUAAUGAUAGUAAUAACAACAAUAAUGAUAGUAAUAACAACAAUAAUGAUAGUAAUAACAACAAUAAUGAUAGUAAUAACAACAAUAAUGAUAGUAAUAACAACAACAAUGAUAAUAACAGCAAUAAUAAUAAUAGUCGUAGACAUAAUGCCGAUGAAGCGAAUUAUAAUACCUUAGGAGAUGACUACAAUAUUAACAUAUUAGACUCUUUUACAAAUGAACAAACGACUUCAAUAUUACAACAAGUUUUUAACAGUUUUUUAUCGGGAAGCAACGAUUCCUAUAGAAUAGACAGAAUCUAUUUAUCACCAGAUAAUUAUUUUAGUUACAGUAGUAAUAGAAAUAGAAACAAUAUAAAUGAUGAGAAUGUGGAAGUAAUUCAAGUUGAAGAGACCCGUUCCGAUUAUAAUGAAUCACAUGACGAAACAAAUGAAAAUAAUGAAAAGGAAGAAAUAAAUAGGGAGGAAGGAAAUGAAGAAGAGAAAAGAAGUAAGAGGAAGAAAACGAAUGAUUAUGAUGAUAAUAAGGAUGUUUAUAAUAAUGCAAGUGGUAGUAAUAGUAAUCAUAGUAAUCAUAGUAAUAAUAAUAAUAAUAAUAAAGGGAAUGAAAAAAAUGAGCGUAAGGAAGAUAUGUGUAAUGUAUCAAGUGGUAGCAAUAAUAAUAGAAAUUCAUCUUCUAGAUCAAAUUAUUAUAACAAUAGAUAUCGUUAUAAUAAUUAUCGACGUAGCAAUAGACGUAAUAUGGAUCAAGAUUAUUUUAAUAUACAAGAUGAUGAAGUAGAGGAAGAAAAUUAUUAUUAUUGUACCCCUCCAAACGAAACAAUUAAAAAUAAUACAAGAGGACAAAGAAAUAAUGACACAGAUAAUGUAAGAAAUAACAACAAUAAUGAUAAUGAUAAUAAAAAUAAUGAUAAUAAAAAUAACGAUAAUGAUAACAACAAUAAUAAUAAUACAAGACGUAGAAAUAAUUAUUAUGAUAAUAAUUCAUAUAAUAAUCCAUCUUAUUUACAUGAAAAUGUUUUUGAUACAUCUAAUGUGUAUGUAAUAAGUGAAAGAACCCAUUCGAAUGAUAGAAGCAACGAUAGUAAUACGAGAACUAUAUCACAGCUUUAUUUAACAGAUUUAAGUGAUGUUUUUGCUAAUUUUAAUUAUAGUUGUAAUUUUAAUAAUGAUCAAUAUAUUAUAAAUAAUGAAGAGGAUCAUACGAAGGAUCAUGAUGGAAAAGAUGAACAAGAAGGAGAAAAAGAAAAAACAAAGAAUGUAAAUUCUGAUCAUAUGGAAUCCAAUAUAAAUGAUUCAGGAGUCUCUUUAGGUGGACCAAAAGAAAACAAAUCCAAUGAUAAGAAUGAACAUCAAGUAAAAGAGAAAAGGGCAUCCUUCGAAAUAAAUACUGGUAAGACCAGUACAACGAAAAAGAAUGAAAAGAGAUUAUAUGAAAAGGUUAAUAAUACUACAUAUAGUAAUGCGAGUAAUAGUAACAAUAGUACAAGGAGAAGUAGAGAUAGUGAUAAUGAGAAAGAGGGAAGUAGAAAAAAAUCAAAGAAUUAUAAAAAUGAAGAGGAAUACAGACAAAGCAUUAAUAAUAACAAUAAUAAUAAUAAUAAUAAUAAUAAUGAAGAUAGAAGAAAUAGUAACACAAGCUGUAGCCAUAAAUAUAAUAACAAUACAGACAAUGCUCCUAAUCGCAAUCCUUCCGAUGUGGUUAAUAAUAAUGAAUCAAACGAAGAACAGAGGAAUACUACCAAAAGACAAAGUACUGUGAAGAAAUACCUUUUCGAUAAGUUGAAUUGGUUAAAAAGUUAUGAUAAUAAAGAUAAAAAAAAAAAUGAAAAAAAUCAAGAUUCAAAUAAUAAAAGUGAUGAAAAUGAUACGGAACAUAAUCAAAAUGAUGAUAAUGCCACAGGUAUGUCGAACGAAAAUAAUGACGAUCAUACAUCACAUUUGUAA